AUGGCUGAUCCAUUCGACCUCAACCAACUCCAGGAACCAUUGAACCUGCCCUUCCCCGCCGCAACGAAGCAAGUGGCUGGAAUGGUUAAUGGAGUCCAAACAGAUGUUAUGACCAUGAACUUCAGUGACAGAAUUCUGAUUACAAUAUCUCAAAAAGGACGACUUGCGCAUUGGCUCCAUGUCCCGCUGGCAAAUGAAAAUCCAGGAACAGAGGGAUCCCAUAUCGUCUCAGAUGCUACCGACGACAGUCUUCUUCCGAUCAGUAACCUGACGGCUACAUCGCUGCUAGGCGGUCGGGUUCCUGGGCACGAAACCGUUGGUCAGCUAUAUGCCCGUCAAAUAGCAAGUGCCAUCGUCAUGAAAACGCCAGGGGAAAAGAGAUUGCUCGUUGUCGGGCUGGGGCUGGAGACGGCUGAUGCCGAUCGGGAUGUGUUCUUUUCCAUCAUUGAUCUCGUCCUUCAGUGUAUUUGA